GAAGUAAAUUUCCCUCUGAUAAAACUCUCGCAUCGAUUGAGAAGGACAAGUUUGACCAAAACCUCGGGUCGGACUUCGAGUCGAAUACAUUAAACUUGGAUACCCAAUCACUCGAACAAGGAUGCCCAAAGAAUUUCAGAAACGAGGUCGUGGCGGACGUCAGAACAAGAAGAAGGACAAGGACGAGCCUCUGGUAGCGGACGCCGUCGUCGUCGGAUCGGUAGGCGAUGCGUUCACUUCGAACGCCGAUUUCAUCAGCUUGGACGAUACCCCCACCACCUCGAACACCGCUGGACCUAGCAACGGCCGACCUGCAGGAGCAAACCAAGCCGGGAACGACGGUCAGGCGAAUGGUGGGUUCGUACCAGGUCCUACCAAGGCCCAGGUCGAGAUCGACCUCGCCGCCCCGUUCGGUUUCGUCGACCCGGACGUCAAGGCGUACUUUCGCAGCGUAGACGAAAAGCUCGUUGAAUUCGCCUCUCUCGGCCUGGUCCGAUCUUCCAAUGGGCAAGACAACGACGAAGACCUCGGUUCAGAGCUGGAAGACCGGACGAAUUUCCUCCACUCGGCUCUGAACGAGGUGAGAGGGUUGGAACUCCAGCUGGCGACAGAUGGGGACACGGCAUUGGUGCUCGAACGUCUCAUUCACAGCAUGGGGGACUGGGGAAGGCGCGUUCUCAUGGACAGCUUCAGUGGGAAAUGGAGACCCCUGAUCGAACAUCGGUUCGGGUCGCACGUCUGUCAGACGUUGAUCGGUCUGGCAGGGGAGACGAUCGACCGAGAGGCCAAGGGGGUAUUUCCGCGUCAACAUCGAGAACAGGUCGAAGCCGCCGCCAGUAAGGGCAAUGAAGCUACCGGUCAAUUGAGGACGGCCACUCAGCUCCUGCAAGACCUCGUCCACGAACUCCUCCCAUCUAUCCCCCAACUCCUCACCUCCCCCUUUGCUUCCCCACCCAUCCGGCUCCUCUUGAUCGUGCUGUCUCCGGGCAAGAUCAUCCCAAGCAGUACCGGUGCCGACGUUCAAGAAUCCUCCAGCAGCACACACCACGAUGCUGCUAGCAAGGUUCGGAGCAAAAAGUCUCAGCGGUUCCGAGCUGGGCAGACCGAGGGUGGCAAGAUGAGAUCCAUCGUCGAUGAAGCCGACGCUGCGUCAUCCUCAACACGAACAUCAGCGGUGGAAGCGGGGGAGAGGAUCGUGCCAGAUGCGCUGAGAGAGAUGAGGAGGGUGAUCAGAAAGGAUCUAGAGACGAGACUGAGCGGGGCAGAAUGGAGAGCGAUGGGUGUGGAGAAUGCUGGCGGGCCCGUCAUCCAGAUGCUUGUUGAGAUCGAGGCCGAGGAUGAGGACGCCUUAAGAGAGGGGAGUAUCCUGGAUCAUCUGACGUCCGGUCUUGUAGCAGAACAAGUCCAACCCACUCCACCUGAACCUACAUCACACGAUUUCCUGCCUUCACUCUUGAGAGACACGACCGGCUCUCAUCUCUUGCAAACCAUCCUCCUUUACGCGCCCGAGGUCAUCCUCUCGGCCAUCUGGCAGACCUACUUUGUCGGCAAGGUAGGAAAACUCGCCAGUCAUCCGAUCGGGAACUACGUCGUUUCGAGCGGGAUCAAGCGGUUGGAAGGGGAAAAGUUGCAAGCGGUCAUGCUCGAGCUGGAAGCUGUGGGAGUGUCGAACCUGAUCCGUACCGCCCGAACGUCAGUGCUAAAGGCUUUGGUCGACCGGACUGCAGAGCUGGGGCAGUUGCAGCUCGAAGUUGUGGCCUGCAUCUGUAAAGCUUUCGAACUGGAGACUUUCCCCGAGAAGAAAUUGCUCGUGCCGUGCGCUUUGACAUUGAAUGUUUUGAAGUCGUACAAGGCGGCGACUUCUGGGGAAGAAGACGCCGACGUAAAAGCGGAAGCCCCUCCUGCAGACGCUGCUCAGAGACACGGGUGGAAGCCGAGGCAGCCAAAGAAGGAGAGGGCACCCAUGGAGCCUACAAUGCAGGGAGCCAUCUUAAUACAGGCCAUGUUCGGGCUCGACGCUCCGGCCGUCGAGACGAUAAUCAACAGUCUUCUGGGACAGAGCGUCGACGACUUGAUCCGAAUGGCACAUCACGCCAUCAGCUCGCACGUCCUCGACGCCUUUCUCAUCUCGACCAAGGUCGCCGCCAAGUGGAAACGAAAGCUGCUACUCGCGCUCGACGGGCGGUACCUCGAUCUCGUCAACGACAAGUUUGGUAGUCGACACAGUGCUCCGGGCGAGUGCGAGUUAGGGGCGCUAAUCUCACAAUUCGUAUGGCGACACUUGCAGGAAAAGAUCGCCAAAUCGUUGUUACCGCAUGCCAUCGCGUUGAGCAAUAAUCAAUACGGUCGAUUCUUCUACAAGCGAUUGAACCUGCCUCUAUACGAAAGCCGACCGAAGGAAUGGCGAGAGGUACAGCUCAAGGUAGUACAUCACUUUUACGGACCCAAGACAGCGGUGGGUGAGGCUGCCGUGCGAGCAACUCGAACGGAGACGGCCGCUGUGGCCACAUCGACAGUGGAUGAUGCCAAGGUAGAGCAGGCAACAUCACCCGUCGUGGCUGAGGAUGGCGAAGUCAAACCCGUCAAGAAGGAAAAGAAGAGCAAGAAGCGGGCGCGUGAUUCAGAGGAUGAGAUUGACGAUCUCUUUGCGGAAGUGAUCAGCGACAAGAAGAAGAAGAAAAAGAAGAAGAGCAAGCAGCUAUCAGCAUAUCGGUAUAUCAUGGAGGUCUUCAUACUUUGCGGCGUUACGCCUGGUUUCCUUGCUAUUUUCAGAGUUUUGAGCACUAAAAUCGGGCUACCGAUUUGUGGCUCUGGCUCGUGUGGCUCUGGCUCGUGUGGCUCUGGCUCGUGUGGCUCUGGCUCGUGUGGCUCUGGCUCGUGUGGCUCUGGCUCGUGUGGCUCUGGCUCGUGUGGCUCUGGCUCGUGUGGCUCUGGCUCGUGUGGCUCUGGCUCGUGUGGCUCUGGCUCGAACAAAGCGAGGGACGGAAUUGCCAUGAAAGACCGCCUCCGAAAGUGCCUAAGUGCCAAAACGCUUCAUCGAAUUUGUUUGGCUGAGAUCGGCUACGAGCCUGUGCAGGGACAUCGAAACUCUCGGCAAAGUAGCGCAACCUUGAAACGGCGGGGUAGACGAUGCCACCUGAUUAACGCCGGUGUCCUGCUUGUGUUUGGGCCCCUCAAGAGUGCUUCCUUUGUGACCCCUUGCUCUCGCGCCUUUCCCAUUCCACCUUCCCCUUCGAAGCCUAGCUCAGCCAAACCUUUACGAACCACCAACAAAACCCUUUUCCACGUCACCAUGCCCGAUAUCGCUCAGAUCCUCCGUGACACCGUCAGCAAGGGAAACAACAGUACCGACAAGGCUGUCAAGGCCGCCGUCGCACCUGCUACCCCUGUACCGACCCCGGCCACUCCUCAGGAGAUCCCCGCUACGAAGCCUUCUGGCAUCGAGCGACUUUUCAACGCCAUCCCGCACCCGAAGUUCGGAGGCUCGCCUGUCGAAAAGUGCUCUGGAUUCGCCGACUACCCUGCAGAGGAGUAUCACACUUCCCUCAACAGCGUUGCGUUCAUCUUUGCCAAGAACAUGCUCGAGAGUUUCGAGCACAUCCACGACGAGGAAUGGCAGACCUACUUGGCCCGGGUGGAGACGGCGAUGAAGGAGAUGUACCCUCUCUUGCUUCCCGUCCUCGACGUCUUGUACGAGGCUUCUCGUUGCGCGAGGGAGGAAGUCACCAAAGUGCUAGUCCGAAGCGACCUCGGUAUGCUCUAUGCAUACGAGGACAGCCUGAUUGAUCACGUCGAAGCCGUGCAGUUCCGCAAGUGGGAUGAGAAGGACUUUAUCGACGGCGAGGACCUGAACACGCGGUUUGUUCAGCGUACGCUUCGAUCGCUUCGAAAGAUCGUCGAGCGACGACGAAAAGAGUGCGAAGGGCAGCAGGAGCAGGCCUUGCCGACGAUUCAGGAGGACCACGCGCGAGUUGUAGCUUUCAAUGGUAUGAGAAAUACGAAAAAGGACACAUCGUGGCGAAUCGACUCGCUUUGGCUGCCAAGCAGAAGCGCGACCCUCUUUAGCGCAAAGGGUCCAGUUCAGACCUCUCUUGAUCACAAAGUUGGGACUGAUGUCGACAUUAGAAGAUUUGAAGCUGCUAUCAAGAUGGCGUCCUCGUCGAGAUCUGUGACAGUUUCGUGCUUGACUGCACUACGUGCCCUGAGCAUCCGACCGAUGGCUCCAGUCGCUCCCAACACGUUGAACACCUUCAGCACCUUGGCCACGUCGACAGCCUCGACAUCGGCAUCCACUCUGCCUCCUCUUCUGCCUCCGGCAUCGGCUGCCGAACGACUAUCAUCCCUUCCCCAAGACACCCCAGCUGCAGUCUCUCUCAUCACCUCGUCAUCCACACCAUCACACGGACGAUAUGUCCUCGCACGAUUACACUCCCGAACUUAUCUCCUCCAUCCCAAAGACAUCCUCACCGUCCCGCACCUCAAGGGAUCUCCGCCGCCGGGAACACUGCUCGGCCUGAAUCGAAUAAUGGAGGUCGGAUCGAGAGAGUACAUCCUGCGAGCGCCCAAAGCUGUCAAGGACAAGACGCAUGCGGGCGCUGGAGGUGCGGCUUUGGAGGGGGAACGACCGGUCUUGCCGAGUGACCUGGUCAGAUGCAACUUGACGGUGCUGGAGCAUACCAAAAGCCCGUUGGAGAGGAAGCUUCUGAAGAAGAGGAGAAAGGGGUACAAGAAGACCAUUCAGCACAAGCAAGGAUGGACGCGGUUGAGAGUGGGGGAUAUCGUAUUGGACAAGGAAAUCGUCAGUGUAUGAGUUUAGUCGGUGAACGACAAGAGUGUCGGUCUCAUCUGUGUAAAGACCUGGUUGGCACGGAUCUCGUACGUAUGGGCGAAAAGUGGACG